CAGGCCAGAGCUUUCUCUCAGCAGGUACUCUAGAGGAUUGUCUGCUCAGGGUUCAGAUGUUUGCCUUGACUCCAGAGGAGAGGAGAGUCUGGACCUGGUAAGCACAUUGGUCAGCUUGUGUUCUGGACCAUGGACUCCAUGAGAAUCCCCCUAAUGUGAAAAUGUCGAACACUAACAGGGAAUUAGUGACUGACUUUCUCUCCUACAAGCUAUCGCAGCGGGGAUACAGCUGGAGUCGGUUCGAGGGGGAGGAUGAGAUCAGGACUGAGUCUGCAGAAGAGGCUGAGAUGGCAAGCGUCCCUAAUGGGAGUCCAUCCUGGCAUCCGGGUGCCAGCCACGUGGUGAAUGGGGCUGCCGGGCACAGUAACAGCCUUGAAGCCCAUGAAAGGGUUCCGGCAACUGGAGUGAGGCAGGCACUGAGAGAGGCAGGAGAUGAGUUUGAAUUGAGGUAUCGGAGGGCUUUCAGUGACCUCACUUCCCAGCUCCACAUCACCCCUGGCACGGCAUACCAGAGCUUUGAGCAGGUGGUGAAUGAACUCUUCCGGGACGGAGUGAACUGGGGGCGCAUUGUGGCUUUUUUCUCCUUUGGAGGAGCCCUGUGCGUGGAGAGUGUCGACAAGGAGAUGCAGGUGUUGGUUGGACGCAUCGUCUCAUGGAUGACCACUUACCUGACUGACCACCUAGAUCCCUGGAUCCAAGAGAAUGGCGGUUGGGAGCGGUUUGUGGAUCUCUACGGGAAUGACGCUGCUGCCAAGAGCAGGAAAGGCCAGGAGCAGUUCAACAGGUGGCUUCUGACUGGGGCGACUCUGGCGGGAGUGCUCCUGCUGGGCUCUCUGCUGAGCCGCAAGUAACCGGACACUGACUCCUCCCCUGGGCCUGUGGCAAACGGCAAAAACCCGCCACACUAUACUCCAGAGUAACGUGAUCAUUCCAAGGGGCAGCGCCCCGCCCUCAGCCCGUCUCGAAGGGUGGUGACUCCUGCCCCACAGAUCUCUUCUGGCCUGCGUGCCGCCAGCUUCACUUACUGUUGGUUCUAAAAGCCCCUGAGACCAAGGCAGUUGUUCUGCAGGCUGCUGGGGACCCCAGCCCGUGCCCUAGGUCACCAAACAGCAGGGAUUGGGGUGGAAACGUGCUCCCCCCGGGGGGCUAGGGGAGACGCACGUUUUGGGGGGGGGGAGAUGUUUAGGGUAAGGCUCUAGGGGCAAGCACCGCCCCCUCCACACAGCCCCACCCUCAUUGCAGGUUUUGUGCAUAUCUAGCAAGAGCCCCCAGUGCUUGGAGGGGUGUUCCGGGCGUGGCAGGGAGGGGGGGAGAAAGGAGAAGUGGGCCUCUGGCAGACUGAACCGGGGAGAUCUGCUGUUCACCAUCAAUGCAGCUUCCCCUCCUGGGCGGUCUUUGUGGUCAGCUGGUGCUGCGAUUGCCUGGCUGUUGUGUGUGGCACCUGGAGCUGGUAGGAAGGGGUUAGGUGCAGCCAGGGCCCCGGGUCUGCCCUUAGCAGACCUCAAACCAUUUCUUCUAGUUAAGGGGUAGAGUUUACAGUAGGCGUCUCCCCAGCCCUGAAGGGCCGAAUCCUUCCCCUGUGCUGCAGGAGACUCCUCCUGCAUGCGCCCGAAUCUGCUGUCCCAUUGCGUCUAGCUCCAGAGGCCAAGGCCCCGUCUCUACGCUGGCUGUGCCCAGCCCAGGGCACUCUGCUAGGGCUGUCCCCCCAGGCAUGGGCACAGUGGGAUCCUCGUGCUGUUCUCUCCCUAUGAAUGUAGGUUUCUGCAGUGAGUUACACUGUGCCGCCUCCUUCCCUUUUGCCCUAGGCUACCACUUUUCCCUACAUGCUGCGAGCACCACACCCCACCGCUCCAAGCAGGUACCCCGCGUUCCUCGGCUCAGCUGCUCCAAGCAUGGGCCUGGGGCUGCAAAGUGCUUUCCCACUCUCUGGGGACCAGGCAUGUCUGAGUUUGCUCUUCUUGCUUGGAGUCCCCUAGCUAAUGCCAGGUGGGGGACUCACGGACAGAGAAAAACACGGUGUCAGCAGCAGUGCCAGGGCAGGUGUUUACAUUUGGCUUCUAAUUGCUCCCUGCCUCUGUUAGCGUCGCUCUCUGGAGAGCCCGCGGUGGCUGCUGCCCAAGGAGCUUGCAGCAAGGGCAGAAGUAAACACUGCUCUGCUCAGGGCCUGGCAGGAGUAAAGUGGGGGUUGCCCCAGCAGUGAUGGAACUGCUUGCCCCGCCCCCUUCCUACGCACACCCUCUGGGGUAGCAGCAGAGUCUGUCUGUCUUUCCUCAUCGCUGUGCGGGAGGGCAGGGUGAGAGGAAUAAAGCGAGACUGCGGUGGAGGCGAGUGCUGCCCCAUAGGGAACCAGCAGGAGCAGGGAGCUGUAGCAUCGUCGUCCCUGGGCCAGGGGCAAAGUAGGAGCCUGAUCUCUCCGAGGGGAUGGAGGAGCCUGGACACUGGAACAGAGCACGGCCGGAGGCAGCCCAGCUGGCAAGGGAGAGAAGGGGCUGGAGAUGGAGGAAGGCCCCUGCCCGCCUUCCUGAUAGUUCCCCUUAGCUGAGUUCCAAGUCUGGCCACACGCUCUAGCAGUGAGCGGGGCAGAGUGUUCAGAGCCUGCUGCUGGCCCCCUGCUAGCUCCAGGGUGGUAGGAACUCUCCGCUUGCUCCGCAGCAGCACACUCGCUCAGAUACCUGCCGUGGUUUUCGGGAUUGCCUGAGUAACAGCAGCAUUUGGGUUAAUACUGGUCCUGCCACCGUUCCAUCUCCAGUGUGCAUUCACCUCCUCGCAGGGCGUGGCAUCUCCUGCUCCUAGCGCAGGGACACGCCCUUCCCUCCCUCCACAUGCGGGGGGUGGGUCUGGGGAGGGCUGUCCUCUGUGCCGCUUGUAGCCCCGCACCUCCUGUUCUCUCCUGCAAGCUGCUGAGGAGGAGCUGGGCCCUGCUAGUGCCUGACUGGCGUUUCAUCCCCCUGAAGCAUUAACGUGAUGCUGGCUUUGAAACAUCCCCCGUCUCCUGGGAGUCCAGCGUCCGCGCCCGACAGGCCUAGCAGGUGUCUGCUCCUUGUACGUCUUUUCUGUGCUCUGCUGUAAAUACCCGAGAGUAGUUUUUAUUCAUUUGUGAAUAUUCUAAUACUAUUUUUGUUAACUGUAUGUCUGUAUUUAUGUGUGUUGACAGUGCUCCCCCAUCACCCUGCAGGGCAUCUGCUGUGCACUCUGCACGGGGCAGGUCCCAGGCCCCCCCCGGAGAACCGGGGCGAGAGAGCAGGUCCCCACAGACACUAAGAACCCACCUUGCACUCUCAGCUUCUGACUCAGCCUCUCACGGUGCUGGCCGGGCAGUGUGGGGUUAGGCCCACCCAGUCCUUUGCGUGCGAAAGUCACUCCCGACACAGCUUGUGGCAGGCAUUUGAAAUGCUUUGAUUUGCAGGUGGAGGCUCAAUCCUAUUAAUAAACUCUGUUGUUG